CCAGUAAACGUUAUUAAGAUCUCUUCGCUGCCCUCCUCUAACCCCCAAUUCUCCAAACCCUAACUACUGUACCAGAAACCACAGAGAGGGAUAUGGAUGCGAUAAGGAAACAGCUUGAUGUGCUGAUGGGAGCGAACAGGAACGGAGACGUGACGGAAGUCAAUCGAAAGCACUAUGAUCGUGAUGUUUGUCGUCUCUUUUUGGUUGGUCUAUGCCCUCAUGAACUCUUCCAGUUAACUAAAAUGGAUAUGGGACCGUGCCCAAAGGUUCACUCGUUGCAGCUGAGGAAAGAAUAUGAAGAAGCUAAAGCAAAAGGUGUUGAUAAUUAUGAUAGGGAAUUGGAGGAUGUUAUAGAUAGGCUUAUUGUUGAGUGUGAUAGGAAAAUUGCUAGAGCUCUAAAGCGUCUUGAUGAAGAGGAUGCUAAAGCGGCUAUUGCAAUUUCUGUGUCUGAGGUUACCCAGACGCCUGAGGUUCUUGAGUUGUCAAAGCAGAUCAAGGAGAAAUUGAAGGAAGCUGAUCAAUAUGAUCUAGAAGGCAAGACAGAUAUGAAGAUUCGAGCUUUGGAAGUGGUGGAAGAACUCAGAACAAAAAGAGCUGACAAACAGUCGACGCUUCUUUUGGAUGCUUUCAACAAAGAUCGAGCAUCUUUACCUCAGCCCCUUCAAAAUCCUCCACCGUUGGCGCCUUUACCUGCAGUUACUCCUGAUCCUCGCAUACAGGAAAUGAUAAAUGAAAAGCUCAAGAAAGCAGAAGAUCUUGGUGAGCAAGGACUGAUUGAUGAAGCUCAGAAAGCUUUGGAAGAGGCUGAAGCACUUAAGAAGCUACCUCCCAGGCAGGAACCUACUUUGGAUUCCUCCAAAUACACUGCUGCUGACGUGCGGAUUACUGAUCAGAAGCUACGAGUCUGUGACAUUUGUGGAGCAUUUUUGAGCGUUUAUGACAGUGAUCGCCGUUUAGCAGAUCACUUUGGAGGAAAGCUUCAUUUGGGAUAUAUGCAAAUCCGUGAAAAGUUAGCUGACCUUCAGGAAGAAAAAAACAAGAAAAGGAAGGCGUAUGAAGAUGAUAGAAGAUCAAAGGAGAGAAGCCGAGACCGUGACAGAGAAGCCAGCAGGGAUCGAGAUCGAGGAGAUAGCCGUGAAAGGGUGAGGGAUUAUGACCGUAGGAGCAGAGAUCGUGACAGGUAUUACGACCGUGAUCGUGGGUAUGAUAGGGAACGUGACAGAGAGAGAGAAAGAUCCCGCAGCUAUGAUUCGAGAAGUCACAGGAGAUCGCGCUCACGGUCAAGGGAGCGUUCCAGGGAUUAUGAUCACCACAGGCAUCACGACCGAUACUAGCUGGCUAGGGAGUGCAGCUGAGUUGCUGCGUCGGCGUCACGACCGAUACUAGUUGGCCAGGGAGUGCAGCUGAGUGGCUCUGAACCUGGGAAAUGUGUUCUUGACUUGGUCGAUGCUAGAAUUUUUCUAGGGGAGAAGACGAUAAGUGUGCUUUAUUUGAAAAUUAAUAUGGCUCCUGUAAUGGUGGAAAGAACCGCUAUGAAGAUGUUCACUGGUAUUGUGUUUGAAGAGAUUGGUUUUGUGUUGUCUGAAAUUUACCUUUAUGGGUAAGUGAUGCAAGAGCCUUUUUUGGACCUUUUAGUAAUGUACACACAAGGCUCUUUGAUCAUCAUCACCUGUUUGAAUUGCACUGUAACUGUGAUUCUAAGGAUUUGUGGGUAAUUAAUUCCUCUGGAC